AUGGCGGCGCGGCCACCAGCUGCGACGCGCACCAAGAAGCAGAACCACGCCAAUAUCCCCUGCCCCAUCGAGAACUGCGCACGAUUCACUUACGGCAAACUCCCCGACCACUUGACUAAGAUCCACGGCCUCACGGGCGCCGAACGAGACGCCCUAAACGAACAACAACGCAAACGAUUCUUCAACGGAGAGCUAUGCCAAGUCCGCUAUUUAAAAGAAACAGCAAUCCGAGACCUCUGGGGAUCCGACUACGACGAUCCACGCAUCCGAGCAAAGAUACACCAAAGCUAUGGCCUAGUCAAGAUACGAAUAAUCCCCAUAGCUGAAACGCAACGAGCACGACCAUUGACGGAACAGGACGCGAAUGUUCUAACUGCUUACAAUGCCAGGACCGCUCCGAAAUCUGUCAGAGUGCAGCGACAGAGACAACGCCCCAGGCCAUAUCCAGCGCCUCAUAAUGACAGCAAUCCAUCCGAAUGUAGAGUUUCGAGCGAGUCAAGCGAAGGCGAAGAGAAUACUCGCACGAAUCCGUUACCACCUUCACCACCGCCAUCUUCGCCGUCUUUGCCCCCAUCCCCUGCACCUUAUGACCUCCAGCCCGUCGAGACCCGACUACCGAACAUAUUCGACUCCAAAAUCGACCAAGGAUACAAAGCCGUGAUCGACGAUAUGAAGAAAUCCAUGACAAUGGGCCGGACCCUCGGACCAAGAAAGCGGAAAGCAUAUCGCACCUACAGACGGUACGCGAAACGGCUGAUAGCAUAUUUGCACAGACAACAUUCACCUCUGGCUUAUGACGUGGAUGUGCUAUUAUGUGGGGAGAGACAGGUCUGCGCUUUCCUGGAACGUGUUAGUAGCGAACACAAGACUAAAACGUUAAGGAACUACAUAGUUGCGGCUAUAAAGUUACUGGAUUCACGUCUGUUCGCUAUAGAAACUGACCCUACUUGCAAAGAAAAAGUGGCUUCCAUGAAUCGAGUGUAUGAGUUCCUACAUGGUCGUCUGAAUGACUGUGACAGGCUGUUAGCACAAAAAGACAAUGCUCAGAAGAAAACUAGCUCUCCUAGUUUCGAUAGUGAUGUUUUGGGACACAGUUUUAAUGAUAGUUAUGACGACUUGGUAUAA